AUAGAAUAAUGAUGUAAAAAAAGUGGCUUCAGUUGAAAUUUGUGUAGGUUGGUUUACUAAUGCAUAGGUUAAUUAACGAUUAUAGCAUACCUAAGAGUGAAAAAGCUGAUCUCUGUUAUCUUGACUUCCCGCCGAAACGUAAAACUAAUUUGUCUUAGAAAAAGACGGCAUAUGGUGGACGAUAACUCAACAAAAAUAUUCCCUGUUUUACGUCGAGUACUGGAAUCAUUGGCCUUACUUCAGACAACUGGUCCCUCCCAUCACAAAGCAAAAUGUAUCCACACCCGAACUCGCGCCCAGACCAUGACGUGUACGUAAGUUUAGUAGCCAAGCAUUUUACCCAUUGCAUAACUCAUCUGACGCGUGCAUAGCUUGAGCUGUAACGCUAUUAUGUAACGACUGAUGGUGUAAAUCCAACUGGAAAAUAGAGUGAGAGAAAUUUUCCAAUGCUUCGUCAAAACCUUCUCGGGAAGAGAACUGAAUAGGGUUCCAGUUAGAAAAAAUGCGAACAAUGCAGCCCUACUCUCAAAAUGAGCUAUACAAUACAUUUUCUUAAUAUACAUUUCGGUAUACAUAAACAGUCUUGGUAACCAAUUUCUUGAAACAGCAAGAUCUUUAGCUCCCAUGAUGCUGCCAUUAAUGCUUUCUGAUUGACAUAAGUAACAUAAUAACUUGUACUACAACAGCGACAGUGGAAAAUGAAUAUGCUUAAAGGGUAACCCAUCAUCUUCGUAAACAAUGAGCCCAUUUAGAUCACUAGAAGGAAGGCGAUAAUAAUGUUAUAGGUAUUAUACCUAUUUUUCUAACGAAAGGAUUCUCAGGUUUGCUUCAGCGACAUGUUUUUUUUGCCUCUGCAUUUUAUGAGCGAAUAUAUUAGAUCAGUUAAUACACGUAGUAAUGGAGCGCAUUCUCAUUGUCGGUAUUUGAUAGCUACAAGUAGAGUUGCAUAAAUAACCCGCAGGGCCCAUUAAGUGCAGAGCAGAUUGAGCGCGCGAAGCGCUGACCGACAGGUUGAAGUAUGGCGAACACUCUGGGGAAGUUGUCGCUUGGCAACGGCUUUACAUAACAUUGACAAUAACACCUCAAUUGGACGCGUUUUAACACGACCUCCUACUCGAAACGCGGUUCCGGAAAAACCUUUCAACAACGCUGCUAAUAUAUAAUGGAGGGGCGAGCCAGACAUUACGAUCAUUCGAACUGGUCGCCUGGCUCGGGCAGAACAUGGACCUACUCCAGCGGAGACACUUCAGAACAGUGUGCCGCAUUCAUGGAAGCGGUCAACUGUUCAUCGGUAGAAGAUAUUAAAGAUGAGAAUCUGCGCGAAGAGGUCCAACUUUGGCUACAGAGGUUCGUUUCACUACAAGUCGUCGGGAAGAACAUUCAGAAGGGCAAAACCCCCGUAUCAGCUACCGAUCAGCCGCUUCGAGUUGCCCAAAUCCCUUUGGAGUUCGAUCCGCCUCGAAUUAAACGCUGGAGCGCCGACGACGAAGCUCUUCGACAGUAUGUGAUAGAUAAACUUGCCGAAUCGAUGCGCAUUGAGGAGUGGAUGACCCCAGAAAACAGUAGUCAAUUCUUCGAUCCAGCUUCCAUUUCCGAGAAAAGUAAUAGAAGAGACGACAACCGCAUUGAGAUAUAUUCGAAUGGUAUUGGCUACGAUGACGACAACGGAAAAACCGCCAGAGGCUUUGACCGUAGAAGGCUGUCUAGUCAGCUCUCGGAAGCAUUUCAUAUAUUUGCAAGGACUACCGAUCUACCGCAGAUAAUUACGUCGACGGCAAAUCUUAAUUAUUAGAAAAGUCGCUAAAGGAGACAUAUUAUAACGUUCGAAGAAUAAAUACAUUUCUAGAUAAAUCAGUUUUCCUUAAAUCGACAACUAAGUUAGUAUAGCGAGCACCUCGAGCAGAUGAGUCACUGUUGGGCGACUAGCUAAACUCCAAGCACCCACCGAAAUAGGACUAAAUAAAAAACCGGAAAAAAAUUCUCUGGUACGGAAAAUCUAAAAAGAAUCUGGUUUUUAUUUUGCCUGAAUGAGAGUGAUUCUACCGUACUCUACACCUGUGUGGAGUCUUUGUUGAAUAUCCGAAUAAGGACUCAAAGAGAACAUUACAUUUCACGUUUUUUUUUAAUGACUAGGGCUUUACAGACGAAGAUUGUUGUUAUAGCGAGAAAGGAAAAAAUUAGC